AUGAGACCAGUUGAGUUCUUCAAAGUAAUAUUUCAAGCAUUCAAAGACGUGGUUCCCGGCUUUACAGUGGGAUUCCUAUCAGUGGUACUUUUAUCUUGUGUUGUCUUUGUUAUCCAAACAUUUUUGGGCUUCACUCCAGGUGUUCUGAGCGUUGGCGCCUCUGUGUUUCAAAGUGGACACAUUCACAGGCUCUUCUUGUACCCCUUUUAUCACCAAACCUUUGCCCAGCUCAUCUUGAACAUUGCAACUCUGGCGUUUCUCAGUGGCAGUCUGGAGAAAGGAUUUGGCACUGUGCGUUUCCUGCAUUUGUUCCUCCUGAUGUCGACUAUCACAGGAGUGUUUUACAGCUUCCUGGAUCUCCUGCAGAGUGACAGCAGCCAGGGUCACUGUACCGAGGGGUUACUUCCUAUAGCCCUUGCAUGUGUAGCUUUAACUACCAUGCAUACUAAAACGACGAAAGGAUUCCUUUGUGGAGUCAGUUUUCCCACCAUUGCUCUCCCCUGGAUUUUCCUCAUAAUCACCACUGUCCUCGUCCCUCACAGCGUGCUGCCCUGUAAUGUCAUAGCCAUCCUGGUUGGGUGGAUGUGUGGGAAAAAAUGGUUUUCCCUUCUGGAGCUGUCUGAAGCUAGGGCUGGUGUUCUGGAGAAGAUGAUGCCGUUAAGGUUUUUGAAGAGCAUUGGUGGUGUUAUGUUUGUCCCCGCCUCUACAGAGGAGCGGAAGAGGACCCUCCUUCCACAAAUAAAGCCAACACCUGGGUCCUACCCUGUCCAGGCCUAUGCCCCAUUGUCCAGCACCAACGCUGCAGACACCACAGUUAACUAUUACGAAGGCUGGCCAAACAUGACCAGUGCUUUGUCCGGUCCUGUGCCACCUCUCCACCCUCCUGGACACAGCUCUGGUUUUGGGAUAAGUCAUGGACCUGGAUCAGAACAGAGUUUUGGCCACAGCUACAACUACAGCCAUAGCCAUGGUCAAUUAUAG